AUGUACGAGAGUCCGACGUCGUUGGAGGAGCUGUGCCUGAAUUGCGUGUGCGAUUCGAUCACGAAAUGCGCCGAGAAGGAAUCAGAAUACCACGAACCAGUGUGGUGGCACAUGUACCACCACCGUCACCCCAAUUCAACGAACCACAUCAAGUUCCGCGACGACCUGUUCCUGAUCAACAAAAUAUCGGAGAGACUGCUGCACAAAUUCGUCGAGCGCGAGUCGCUCAAGGACUCGAUCAUGUUGCUGUUCAGCGCGAGGAACACGCGAUUAAAAACGGUCCGCCUGAAAAAGGCUCGUGUCACCAAGGGCAGCAUGAAAGUGCUGAACGACCACCACAUCACUGACUUGGAGUGCACCGACAUGCACACGAUCAGCAUAGGCGAGAUGCUGGAGUGCAUGAGUCAAUGGUCGAGGGAGAACAUGUCUGUUUUGUGUUUCGAACGGUGCUCCUCCAUUGCCAAUGAGCUGGUGCAGACUACCAAUUUUAAAAACCUCAGGAGUCUCUCAUUGGUCUACUCGGAAUUGAAUCAGGAGACUUUGUUGAUGGUUUGUGAGGAUUUGAGAAUGUUGGAGAAGCUUGACAUUUCUGGCACAAAGGUGCUGGAUUUGAGUCCUGUUACUCACUUGAAUCAGUUGUCUGCACUCAUUAUCAGUGAUCUCUACCAAUUGAAAAACGUUAUACCGACAUUGGAAAAACUCGAUCUUAAACACCUCGACGUCAGUUUGAUCAGCGUAAAGGGCGAACGUUACGAACACUUCAGACCUGAAGAACUGUUAACACAUCCAACGUGUCUGAUGAACCUGGUUUCUCUGGAUGUUUCCGGCUGGAGGGACAUGGUACAAACGGAAACGCUGACUGAAUUCAUUGAAAGACGACCGAAAAUCCGGGUGCUUGGAAUGGCCAUCACGUCGGGCAGUUUGGGCUGUUCGACGUCUUCCAAACUCACAAUUGCCGGGCUCGACUCAGAGGAGGAACUGAAGCUGACAUUGAAAAAGUACGCAGAUCGUUCAGGCUACGUGCAAAAGGCUCUGUAUCACCUGUUUCAACUGACGAACAGUUUCAAAGCUGCCAGACCGGAUGUUUUCGACCUGGUGCUGCCGGUUAUGGAGGCAAAUAUUUAUCGUUUCGGCAUUCAAAUGGCUGCCACCGCCUGCCUUUACAAUCUUUCCAGGGGAGAUUUGGCUAAGGCGAUUCAUCCGACUGCCUUAAGUCGCGGCGUUGGACUCACCUUACAAGCGAUGCAAAUGUACCCGGAGGAGUUCCAGCUGCAAAAGAACUGCCUGCUGAUACUGUGCAGCGAUCGCAUCCUGCAGGAGAUCAAGUUCGAUCGUUUCGUCUGCGCCAAACUGGUCCUCGACUCCCUAUGCGCAUUCCACGACAUCAACAUGAACCGCAUGGCCGUGGCCAUCUGCGGCAUCCUGGCGGCCAAAGUGACGACAGAGGAGACGUCGGAACUGGGGGCGAACCCGCAGUACAUGCGCAAGCUGCUGUCGAUGGUGCAGACGAGAGUGGCCAACUCCAUGGCCGACAUCACGCUGAAGUUCACGUUGAGCACGCUGUGGAACCUGACCGACGAGUCCGCGUCCACGUGUACCGUGUUCCUGGACCACGGCGGUGCGUUUCUGUUCCUGGAGGUGUUGCGCACGUUCCGCAACGACAGCGCCAUCGAAACCAAAGUUCUGGGGUUGUUGAACAACAUUUCGGAAGUGGCCAGGUUGAGGCAGCAUCUGAUGUUCGACCCUUUGAUGACGGAGCUGGCAUCCCUCUUAAGUUCCGAGAACAUCGACGUCAGCUAUUUUGCCGCAGGAAUCGUGGCCCACCUGGCCUCGGACGGCGACCAACGUUGGGGCGUCUGUAUCCACACGCGCCAAGAGAUGCUGGACAGACUGCUAAAAGUGAUCACCGAGUGGCGGGAUCCGGAAGGCGAAAUGGUCGCCUACCGCAGCUUCCGACCCUUCUAUCCUCUACUUAAAGUCGACAUGGACCACCAGAUACAGCUGUGGGCCGUGUGGGCGAUACACCACGUCUGCACCAAGAAUCCCGAACGUUACUGUCCGAUGAUGCAGGAGGAGAACGGUCACCUGUUGCUCAGGGACCUGGUUACGGCCGUCAACACGAACCCGAAAAUCGUCGAGCUCUGUUCGAAAGUGCUGGACACGCUCGAGUCCAGGAACACCUGAAUGCCGGAUUGUUUUCGCGUACUGUGAUCGAACCGCCUGUUUUUUUCGUGUCUCCGUGCACCGCUUUCAAGUACCACCCGCACCACGGAUGUCAUGACGGGAUUAUUUAUUAAUUAAUUAGGAAUGCACGCUCUCUGGUUUUCUAUUUUUGUUUUGCGUGGACGUUGCCGCCGUUCUCGUUCCAUUUGAGUCUAACUUAUAUAUUUUAUUUAAUGGUUGACUAAUUGAUUGUGCCAAUGUAUAUUUUAAUGUGACCAUCGUGGUCUAAUUCUGUCUUGGGGUUAGGCCGUUUUUUUGGAGAUUGUUGUUAGUGGUAACUACAAAUAAAAUGCUAGUCAAAAUAUAUGGAUAUUGUUAAA